CUAGAAAAUGCAUUUGUUUUCCCGAGAGUUCCACUGGCAGACUAUAAAGGGUGAGGGGAAGGGGCCGAGGCAGGCAUGUCCCCAAGCAGCUGAUACCAACUGCUCUAUAUAUAGCCUCCAGGGCCUGGUCACUGCAUUAGAGCACACAGCCCGAACAAACAAGCCACAUGCUUUUUACUUUCUGGAAGUUAAAGGAAUAAGAAAGUAGUUUCUGUCACAGAACUGCGCAAGAAUUAUAAUGAACAAGCCAAAAAUUGUCAGACCAGAGGAGAGCCAGCCAGCACGUGCGCUGUGGUUUGACAGAAAGAAAUAUGUAACCAUCAACUUCAUGGUUCAGAGACCUAAAGAUGUCCAGGUUGAUAUCCAGACAGAUAAAAUGAUUUUAUGCUGCAAAAACGACACAGAUGACGUGUUCUACAAUGAGCUGCACUUCUACGAAAAAGUUCUAAUCAAUGACUCCAGAGAAAGAGUCUAUGACCGCAGCAUCAAUUUCUUGAUAAGGAAGGUGAAGCCUGAUUAUGCAUGGCCUCAUCUCCAGAAGGAUCUAGCUAAGCCCAGCUGGAUUGCUGUAGACUUUGAUAACUGGAGGGACUGGGAGCACGAAGAAGACGAGGGAAAGGAGGAGUACGAGAGAUACAUGGAUAUGAUUAAUGAAAUGGCUACCAGUAACAAAGGAACAACACCAGAUAUGGGGGAUCUUAGUGAUUCUGACUGAGACUCACAGUGCCCUUUCUCCUGUGUUGGAGGCCACUACAACUUUAUAUGACACUGACGACAGUGCUUUGUUUGCUAAAGUUUGUAAUAUUUGCAGAUGAUUUGA